AAACAAAAAGUAGGCCUGAAGUUAGAAGUAGUGGAUAGAAGCACACGGAACUGUCAGAAUGACUCGACAAUAAUUUUUAAAUCCUGUUAAAAUAUGUUUAAGUAGGUAAGCUAUGAACACGGGCUUGGUCAUAUUUUGCUUGCAGCCAUUCAAGCUGUUUAGAUCUUGUACUCAAAGAAUCAAUCGUAUCAAACAACAAGUCGUCAAAUAUCGUUCGCUAUCGCUACUAUUCGCGACAGCUUCGUGUUUAAGAGUCUGUAGUAGUUCCAGUCAGUAUUCUACUCAUUGCCUUUCUCUAACACCAGGAUAUCCCAGUUGCCCGGUUUCAACAUCUUCUGAAGUAUCCAAAAGCGUUUGCCCAGACGUCCAACCUUCUCGAGUGUUUUCAUAUUGGAAAAACUCGAAGGGGACAACUCGUCAAAGUUUACAGUCACAACCACAGGCUUCUUUCAGCACAGAAAAACAGACCAUGCCAGAAGUCAAAGAGGAGAAAUUCUGUUCUGGUUUACCCAAAGACUUGUCAGUUCAUGCUGCUCACAUAACCGAAGUACACAAUGUUCCCAUGAAGGUUUUGAUUCGCCCUUUCCCCUCUGUGUUGGAUGAAGACAAAGUUCUAUCUCUGAUGGAAACCAUACAGAACCCGUCAAUGGCAGACAAUGUUCCCCCGAUUGACAUUUUGUGGGUCACAGGACGACAAGGUGGAGACUAUUACUACUCUUUUGGUGGCUGCCAUAGAUACGAGGCCUUCAAGAGAUUGAAGAGGGAAACGAUUCCUUGCAAGAUUGUGAGGACAACAAUGGAGGAUAUAAAAACGUAUUUAGGAGGUUCCAUGCCAGAUCUGCUCUGAUGAUUUUUUUUCUUCUUUAUCGUUGUAAGAAAACUAAUGAUUUGCUGAAAAGCUAAAGUAAAAAAGAAUUUUCAGGGGUAUGUCGUCUAACUCUUUCUAAUGACCCUCAAGUAACGCAAAUUGUCUAAUCUUACACUCUUAAAAAAAGUGAGCACUGAGAGAGACAUCACUAUAGUACUGUUUGUAAUGCCUAGGUAGCAAAAAGUUCUGCUAUCUCACAUUUUUAGCCAUUUUGAGUGAACAAAACCAUGAGAUGAGAAAUUAAAUGCUCUAGCUGCUGUAGGAAAAUUGUAAGAUUAUUCUGAGUCGAUAUAAAAAUAUUCAAAGAACUGCAUUAAAAAAAGCUUGAACUGUGAAAUUCAAAAAUGUUUUACACACAUCAAAUUUCUAAAAACUAGGCACUGAGUAAAUAAAACUUGGUCAUUCUUAGGUAGCAAUUUACCACACACACAAAUAGGCCUACACACUGUGUAUAAUGAUGUAAUAUGUAGUGGUCCAGCAAAUUUCGACUGUGGCUUUUAUCUGGGUGCUUUGUAUUUUUGUACUCUGCUGGCAGAAAUGUUCACUUACAUUUAAUGAUUGUUAUUGAAAGAGAUUUAUUUAUGAUGUUCACAUAUAUUGAGAAAAUGCUAAUUUCUUCUGUUCUAUUCAUUCCACAUUUCUGUGAUGUUCUGACAGCAGCUGGGAAACUAUAACAUACUAUAAAUCAGCACCAAAUCAAAAACAACCUUUUGGGGGAGACAGCUGAUCUUUUCUACAGAAUCCCAGUCUUUAGUGAUUAAAGUACCUUUUCUCUUUCCAUUAGUAUGAAAAAGAAGUGUCUUGGAAGGAUCUCAUGCAGCAUGCUAAUUCUGCAAUGGUCCAUAACAGUCUUGACCCACUAAGUCUCCCAUGUUUUGUCUGUGGGUCAAUUCUUUUUUCUUCUUAGGUUUGGGUCAUUUAAAUUUUAUACCAUUCAAAUGUAAAAGUUUUCGUGGUAAUCGUAGUUUCAUCUACUUUUCUUUUCUUUCAAGAACAUGUUUUGUAUGUUUCUGGUUUUCCAGCAAUUGCUACCCACAUGUUAGUGAUAGUUUGACAGUUGUGUUUUGUGUUAGUGUAAAAAGUCACUUCACAUUUCUUUUUCGUUGCAAUAACAGCUACAGCACACCUGGAGGAAGGUCAUAAAUGCAAUUGUGUGUCUGUUACUAAAUAUUUGACUGUUUUACUUUGUGAUCAUGGUGUUGUUACAUAUCAUCCAUGAGUGAUAGAUUUUGUGAUAUUCACAGUAAGAUUGGAUAUUCUGAUUAAUGUAAAGAGGUUAUUAAAAUUCUAUGUCCGAUAUAUUGUUAUGCCGUGUGGGAGAGUUUUACUUUUGUUUUUUUACUGUCCUUUCAACACUAUGGAGGCUGUUGCUCAUGGAAGAGGUACAAAAUGUAAUAGUUUCUUAUAUUAUGAAGACUAAGAGAGAGGAAAAACUCAAAAAGAAUAAACUCUAAUAAAAAUGAACUUCACUGC